GUCGAGUUUGUGUUUGUGUGUUUUGGUCGUUCUUGUAAAUAGUUAUGCCUCUCAAAAAGUAUAUACGCGCCCCGGUGGAGGAGGUACCAAGUAUCAAGGAGAAGCUCGCUUUCUUCGAGCAACAGGGCCGAGAGGUUGUUUAUGGAGCGAUGAUCCCAGAUCCUGACUACAGUGACGAAGAAAGAGACACAAACAAGCCAACAGCCACUACCAUGGUUGAGAGGAAUAAUCAAGUCAACUCUAACGACGAGAAUCAGGAGCAACAGAAACUACAGCCAGAGCCAGGACAGGGGGGCAGGAUGGACGGGCGAGGUCUGAUUAUGCCCACCGUUAACCCCUGUCUAGAGUCCUCCAAAAAGAACCUCCACAGAGAACUGAUGUUUAACCAGAAAAGGGGUGUCAACUUGCUCAACCAGAAGAGUGAGCUGCAGAAGGCCAUGGAGAAGCACAACGACAAGAAGGUCCUCAAGGAACAGGAGAAAGAGAAGCAGGCCUCUUUGACACCCUUCCAGAAAGCCUUAGACGAACGAGCACACAAGAUUGAACAGAUGGAAAAAGCUGAGAACAAGGACGAGAUAAAUGACAAGACUCCACCAUCCUGUGAAUUUGAGAAGAUCCACGCCAAAUUACGAGCCAAGAUGGAGGUUCAGUGAAAUACCCCCCCCCCUGCUCCCCUCCUCUAAUUCCCCUCCCCCCCCCCGUGUUACGAGUUACUAUUGUGAAGAACUUAAGGAGAUUUUUACUAUUAUUAUUACUAUUAUACAGAUAAAUUUUUAAUAUAGUGGGAAAGAGUACUAGUUUGUGGUGUAUUUUGAGUUUGUGGCCUUCAAGUGUUUGGUUGAAUUCUUUUUAUUAUUGGGUACACGAACCAGAGAGCUUUCACAUUAGGAACUUUAUAUACAUGUUAUAUAUCACAUACUUUUCACUCAUAGAAUAAUAUACAUGCAUUCAUAACUAUUUUCAUACAUACCUACAUACAUACAUACAUACAUAUAUACAUAAAUUUACACAUGCAGUUAUAUAUUACCUACGUAUAUAUACUUAUGACCUCCAUCCAUACGUACUGUUCAUACAUAUAUACAUAUACAGUAUAGAUAUAUACAUAGAUAUUUACUCGUCCCAUGUAUAGAAGUCACCAUAAAUCAUCAAUCCUUCUCAUAACCACAAGACAUUAAUAUUUUUACCGCCUUGUGUCUCAGAUUAAAUACGUUUUUUCCUUCUUCCUCUCCUAAUAUAUAUAUAUAUAACUUAACAAGAAGAUCGAGCCAAGAUUGUCAGGGUGCCGACAGUUGUGUGUGUGUAUAUAAUUUGUGAUGGUAUAUUGCUGAGCUGCACCAGUAAAUCACUCCCUCCCUCCUCCCACCUUCCCACUUCCCACCCUACACCCCUCCCCCCCACCCCCACCCCCAACAUGAUCAGCACAAUACAGCAGUUUUAAUUUUCUUAUCAAUUUAUGUAUUCAGUAAAGAUAUCAGAGAUAAGAUGGUAGGAUUUUUUUCUGCACAGUGAGGUGGUGAUAUAUGUAGUAUGGUCACCCCUCCCCCCCACACAGUGAGGUGGUGACGUGGUACAGUCACCCCCCACAGUGAGGUGACAUGCAGUAGUCACCCCCCACAAGACAAUAAGUAGUCUAUUGCUCAAGUCGCCAAUAACAUCCGCUACUUGGGUGCUAAUCAGAUGCCUUCACCAUUUAUACAUUAGGUGUUACUUCUGCUUGUGUUGAUGUAUGGGGAUAACAAUUAUUCAUUACUGAUCAUAUCAAUCAUCACUGAUUUUCUAUUCAGUCGUUAUCAAAAAAUGUAAAAUUUGCUCUACAACUAAACCAGUUUCCCUUGGGAUUAUUUCUUGCAUUGCAAUUAAUACGCAGUUAAUUAUAAGGUAUGAUAAUGUACAAGUGUAGAAAUAAAUAAGUAUACUUU